AUGUCCGCCAACCUAGUCGUUAUCUCAAAACUUGAUGCGUUGUCUCUGCCGUGGCACUACACCCCUUUUGCUGCCAAAUGUGCUCGGUCUCCCGCCUUUGCCAGACUUGUCAGGACUCAGGAGGCUACCCACGAAGCCACACCAAACGUCAUCGCACUGUCUCGCCUCAGGGUCCAGGUCCAGAUCCAUCCAGAACUGAGUCACGCGUCCGCCGCCCGAGCAUCCUGGGUGGCGGUCGUUCCAUGGUCACAAGAGACAUUGUUGAGCCUCCCUCACGUUCACUCGCUGGCCAUGACAAAUGCCGCCUGCUAA